UGGACCCACAACCUCUGGCGGCCCGACCAGGUGGCACAGGCCGGGCGCAGAGUACGGCCGCCGGCCACCAUGCUCCAGCGCUGCGGCCGGCGUCUCCUGCUGGCACUGGCGGGCGCACUGCUCGCUUGUCUGCUGGUGCUCACCGCCGACCCGCCCCCCGCCCAGUUGCCUGCUGAGCGCGGCCGGAGAACUCUGCGCAGCCUGGCGGGCUCUGCGGGGGCCGCCCAGGCUCCAGAGUCAAGGGCGACGGGGGUAGCGGCGCCCGGAGCUCUCACCCGUGAGGUGCACAGCCUGUCCGAAUACUUCAGCCUACUCACCCGCGCCCGCAGAGACGCUGACCCGCCGCCCGGGGGCGCCUCCAGUCCCGCUAACCGGCUCCCUCGUCCCCCCGCCGAGUUCCUGUCCCCCCACGACGUCUUCAUCGCGGUCAAGACCACCAGAAAGUUUCAUCGCGCGCGCCUCGACUUGUUGUUCGAGACCUGGAUCUCGCGCCACAAGGAGAUGACAUUCAUCUUCACCGAUGGGGAGGACGAAGUUCUGGCCAGGCUCACUGGCAAUGUGGUACUCACCAACUGCUCAGCGGCCCACAGUCGCCAGGCUCUGUCCUGCAAGAUGGCUGUGGAAUAUGACCACUUCAUUGAGUCAGGGAAGAAGUGGUUCUGCCAUGUGGACGAUGAUAAUUAUGUCAACCUGCGGGCCCUGCUGAGGCUGCUGGCCAGUUAUCCCCACACCCAAGACGUGUACAUUGGCAAGCCCAGCCUGGAUCGGCCCAUCCAGGCCACUGAGCGAAUCAGUGAGCACAAGGUGCGACCUGUCCACUUCUGGUUUGCCACCGGUGGGGCUGGCUUCUGCAUCAGCCGAGGGCUGGCCCUGAAGAUGGGCCCAUGGGCCAGUGGGGGCCAUUUCAUGAGCACAGCGGAGCGGAUCCGGCUUCCAGAUGACUGCACCAUUGGCUACAUCAUUGAAGCCUUGCUUGGUGUGCCUCUCAUCCGGAGCAGCCUCUUCCACUCACAUCUGGAGAACCUGCAGCAGGUGCCUGCCACCGAGCUCCAUGAACAGGUGACCCUGAGCUAUGGCAUGUUUGAAAACAAACGGAAUUCUGUACCUAUCAAGGGGCCCUUCUCUGUGGAGGCUGAUCCAUCCAGGUUCCGCUCUAUCCACUGCCACCUGUACCCGGACACACCCUGGUGUCCCCGCACCGCCAUCUUCUAGCAGUUGUGACUGAGAUCCUGUCCCUGGACGCCCCUGGUAUCCAAAGGGCCCAGGGACCCCUGUGUCCUAUGCCCUGGCCUUGGUGUUUGAGGCUCCUGAGGGCUGUGCCUGUGUGUGUGUGUGUGUGUGUGUGUGUGUGUGUGUGUGUGUGUGGCGUGCCCACCCAUACAGCAGACUGCUGGGCAGUCCUGCUCUUCAGGGACUGGCACAUGAGCCCUUGGCCAAUUUUUCUACACUCUGAGGGCAGUUCUGUGGUAACUGUUUGGAUCUCUGCAGUUGGGGGCCUUGGGGCUCCUUGCAGGGGUGCUGUUUUGCAGCACAGUUUCUAUACUGGAGUACCAGCACCUACCUACCUGAAUCCUUCCCUACCAGAAACCCCAGUACAGCUGAGCCAUGCCCAGCACCAGGGAAGCUAGUUUGGGGAGUCAAAUCUGAGCUCCUAUGAGUUCUGGCCUGGGCAUUGCCCAGUGCCAGGGGUCCCCAUGUAGCCCCCAGUGGCCAUCCAGGUAGUGAACAGUGCUCCCCUCCCUACCCUCCUGGGUGAGGGUGCAGUCUUCAUGGCCCCUCCUUGAGGUCCUGCCUUUGUCUCCCCAGAGUCAGGGGGAGACAGAGCUAUGAAUUUUAUCUCCUCUCCAAAGUAGAGAGAAAGUCACCCAUAGUGGGCGUGUCUGUAAAUAUUGUGACAGUAUUUUUUUUACUGUGCUGUUUUAUGAAAUGGGAGGGGGUGGGUCUAAAAGGAGAUUAAGGGGUUGUUUUCAGGGGUGGGCAGGGGGAGGGUCUUAUUUUAUCUUUUCUGUGGAUCAGAAAAAGCAGAAGCCAAACGGACUUGGCCUUUGGAAAACUGGACCCAGGACUAUCCUAAUGCUAUAUUUAUACCUUCCAGUAUCUGGAAUCCUGCUUACCCCCUCCCGUGCCCCUGCCAGCCUCCCUAGCACCCUAAGACCUGCCCCCCGCCCACUGCUGUGUUUUGUGUUCUCUUUGCAAGGACCUAGCUAGGCAAGCACACUAUAAGGGAAAAGCGCUCAGGGACUUGAGUUGUUGUUGCUAUGGUGACAUCCUUUGAAUAAAGGUGUUCUUUGCAGCAA